AUGUUUUAAAUCUUUUAUUAUGUUUUUUUUGGAGUGGCAAAUCAUAGGUUUGAAUAUGGAUUUGUCGAUCACUUUAGCUACAAAGCAAAUACAAAUUUAAUUUUAUACUUAAGUUAAACCCCAUUUAGAGAAGAAGAAUAUUUUAUUCCUUUUUAUUAGUAGUUCACAUAAGUACCUGAUGUGUACUUAAAUAUUGUAAAGCUUGAUUUGGAAUAUACAUUUCCUUAAGGAUAUUCGUUAGAUAUAAUCAGUAUCAGCACUGUAGGUGAUAGCUCUUAAUUUAUUUUAUAGGAUUUAAAAUAAAGAUAGUCUGUGAGAGUCCAGAACGAUUUUAUCGAGUUGAAUUUAACUGGUUUGCAUUCGAUGAUGAAAGAGUCUAAGUUAUAAACAAUUUUAAUAUAACUAAUCCAAAAUCUUCAUAUAUACAUACUUACUAAAAAGAUUGUAAAAUUAAUAUUGUAAUCUCCAAUUUUGUUAGUUAUUAUGCUUUAGGUUCUUAAUUUAAUAAUUUGACUGUAUAUAAAAUAUAUAAUUUAGGGAUUAAUAUUAACACCCGAGACUGUGACUAUAAGUUUUUAUAUAGAAAACCUUAAAUAAAUUGGAUAUCAAAUAUUAUUGAGUAGAUCAGAUAUUUUUUUAAUUGGCCCAAUUAUAACAAGCAUUUAACCUGAUGGAUCAAGUUAAGUUGUUAAUUUUCCAUCUGAAUGGGGUAUAUAAAAUUGUUAUUUAAAUCUUUUGGGAUUUAAACAUGAUGGAUCUGAUUUAAAUAUUAGAUUAUUGGCAUUAGUUACAUAUUCAUCUCAAAUUACUGUUGGAUUUUAUCCUUGUAAUCAAUUAUCAUUAUUUUUAGGGGGUCCAACUAUCAUUUUAUCAAUCUAAUAUAAUCAUUUUUGUAUUAAUGAUCCAUAUUUUGAAUUAGCUAUUUUCAAAGGCUUGAUGUAAUCUAGAUUUUUUGAUCCAUUAGAUUAAAUAACUACUCAUAUUGAAAUUUAGGAAAUAAACUACUCUUAAAAUAAUUUUUUUGAAGAAUAAGUUAAGAUAGCAAAAGAGAUUGAAUCUAUAAAGAUUAUAUUUUAUUGGAAAUGCUUAGAUAAGGAGGUAUUAAAGGUAACAAUAUUUUGUACUGAUGAAUGGUGUACUUAGACUACAAUCAAAUGCGAUAUCAAGAAAAUUAAUAUAGUAAGGUUAUAAGCAAAAUUUUCAUUAAACUAAAUUUCAGAGCAAUAUAUUAAUAUAGCUAAGACUUCAGUUUCACUGUCUGCUUCAUAAGUUUUUUAAGAUAAAAAUUUAUUUGAAUAAGUGUUAUUUAAAAUAGAAAUAUAAUGA